AUGGCGUCAAUCACAAUUUAUUCCGGCAUCGAUGAAGAAUUAAUUGAAGAGGUAUCGUUCCCCCAGAGAAGAUGUUGUUUCUGGAUGCCGUGUAUUCAUUGCGAUCGAUUUACAUUUUCCGUAGAGCCGAACUGGUGGCUAGGGACCGCAGACGACGGAAAAGCUGACGACAAUCGGUGGUGGUCCAAGGGAUUAUCACAAUUUAAGAAGAUUAAGGAAUGGUCGGUGCUUGUCGCCGUUCCGAAAUUGAAGACGUUUAUCCGUCGGUUUAACAAGCAACGACGUCCGCACGCCAAAUUCCAGUACGACCGGGCUAGUUAUUUGCUCAAUUUUGAUGAAGGUCCGGGGCAUCUGGAAGAUGAUGAUUGGUUGAAUCAUAAUUUCUCAACGAGGUACUCUGUAGUUUCCGGGAAACCUUCGAUGGAUUUAGGCGAGCAUAGGCCGACGUUCACGUGA